AUGGCAAAUCUUCAUGCUUUGAUUACUUUAGUUGUUUUAUUUGGUUCAACUUUUGCAUGGGACUUUCUUGGAUAUGACGAUAUAGAUGCUGCAACCCUAAAUCCCUAUCAAAUUACAAGCGUAGUUACGAAUUCAUAUGGAGUUGUCGUAUUAGCCCAAAACGCUACAGCUCUUUCAACAAAAAAUAAUGAAGACCCGAUUGAAAGCCUAACAGUUAAUAUCACUUAUAUCACUUCUCAGACAUUCAGAGUUAAAAUAACAGACACGAAUAAUCCAAAAAGGUGGCAAGUCCCUUAUGCUGUUCAAAAUGGCAAUGCUGCCGCUAUUAUUCCUCUCUAUAAAGUUGUUGUGGGUCAAGUAGGGUCUCCUCUUACCAUUCAAAUCACCAGGAACUCAGACAGCAAAAACUUAUUUUAUAUAAAUUCUUAUACAACUUUUAUGUAUAAUGACAAAGACAUAUUCUUCACCAAUAGUUUUAACUAUGCUGUCAAGGUUAUGGGGCUUGGGGAAAGGGUCUCUACUUUUGUACUGUCACCAGGAACCUAUACUCUUUGGGCACAAGACAGAGGUGGAUCACCAGUGGAUUAUGGAGCUGAUGGAAAAGAAAACUUGUACAGCUCUCAGCCUUUUUAUAUUGCAAUUGAUAACAACUAUACAGCGCAUGGUGGAUUUUUCUUGAAUUCCAAUGCAAUGUCGGCUAUUGUAGCGAAAAAAUCAGUUGGGUUUAGAACUACUGGAGGGAUUAUUGAUUAUUUCGGAUUUUUAGGUCCUGAGCCUGAAGAUGUCCUGUUACAGUAUCAUAAUGUGAUUGGUUACCCUACAUUAGUGCCUUAUUGGGCUCUUGGGUGGCACCAAUCUAGAUGGGGCUAUCAGAAUCUGACUUAUCUGCAAGGGAUAGUUAACAAUUAUAUUACUAAUAACAUCCCAUUAGACGUGAUAUGGACCGAUAUUGACUACAUGAACAAAUUUUACGAUUUUACUUUUGACCCUGUGAAUUACCCUCAGGUAACUUUUACUAAAUGGGUUCAGUCUUUACAAUUAUUGGGAAAACAUUGGGUACCUAUCGUUGAUUGUGGGAUUCCUAAUGACAACACUUAUUCAGUCUAUACCAGUGGCGUUGCUAGCAAUGUCUUUAUACAAAGCGCUUAUGUGGUGAAUACUCCUACAGUCGGACAGGUCUGGCCUGGGAAUUCAGUCUACCCCGACUGGUUCAACCCAGCCACAAGCAACUGGUGGCUCAACCAAUUAAAAUCAUUCCAAAGCACCAUCCCAUUUUCAGGGCUAUGGCUUGAUAUGAACGAAGCCAGCAACUUUAUCACAGGCGAAGUCGGCCACACCCCGCCUUCAAUUAUCAAUAACCUCACAAUGCCAUACACCCCUGGUGAUGACAUUAAUACCAAAACUAUUGACGUAGCAUCUACUCAUUACAGUGGAAUUUUAGAAUACGAUGCCCACAGCUUAUUUGGCUCUAUGGAAGCUGCUAUUACCAACUCAUACUUCACUAAUACCCUUAAAACGAGAGCUUUUAUAUUGACAAGAAGCUCAUUCCCUGGAAGUGGCAGAGUCGCAUCAAAAUGGACUGGGGACAAUUAUUCAUCGUGGAGCUAUCUCCAAUACUCAAUAACUGGAAUUUUUGAUUUUGGGUUAUAUGGGAUUUCACAUGGAGGAGCUGAUAUUUGUGGAUUUUUCGGAAAUACCAAUGAAGAACUCUGUUCAAGGUGGAUGCAGCUAGGAACACUCUACCCAUUUUCAAGAAACCACAACUCAUAUAACUCCAUUCCACAAGAGCCUUGGGCUUUUGGAGAAACCCUUUUGCAGACUUCUAGCUUGUCAAUCAGAAACCGCUACUCAAUUUUCUUAUAUAUUUCUACAGGGAUGUUUUUGACUAGCCUUAAUGGAGGAGCUUUCUUCCGGCCAACUUUCUUUGAUUAUCCUAGUGAUUUCAAUCUUUUAAAUAACGCCACUGCUCAUUUCAUGCUGGGAGACUCCAUUUUGGUUCAUCCUUGCAUAUGGCCAGGAGUCACUGGGACUGAUUCUUAUUUCCCGUAUGAUAUUUACUAUGACUUUUUCAGCGGCAUUUUUGUGCAGACUAAUUAUGAUAACAAUAUGUAUAUCGAUAUGCCAUUGCCAGGGGUCAUCCCAAUGCAUAUUAGAGGUGGAAGAAUCGUCCCUACACUUGAUAGCGCUAAUAGUGUGCAAAACCUGCAAAGUUUGAGAUCGUCAAAUAUCACUAUGGUUGUGGCACUAAAUGGAAACCUGCAGGCUUUUGGAACAAUAGUGUUUGAUGAUGGGCUAUCAGCUAAUACGAUUUCAAGUACCCUUUAUACCCAAGUUCAGUAUAAUUACAAUUAUUUUAAUGAAACUGCAGAUGUUUUUGUUGUAAAUCCACUGACUACAGGCUAUACUAGACCAACUGGAGAAUUCCCGUCAAUUUCUAAUAUUGUGAUAUAUGGCUGUGCUGUUGGGCCUCAAAAAAUAUAUAAAUUAGCUGGCGGAGUGCUGACACCAUUAAAUGCUUACUUUUUGUGGGAUCCAUAUAAUGGAAUUUGCAGGAUUUACCUAGGGUUAUACAUUUUGCCUCCAGACCAGCCUUACCAGUUGAUUAUCAAUUAUUUCAAUUAA